AUGCGUACUGAAAAGAUCGUAGAAAAGUUCGUACAAAAAUACGAACAAGAUUUUUAUAAUCUCAUAAAUUCGAACCUAUCCCCCAAGCUACCGCCAAUGAAAAAUGGAAAAAUCCCACGUCCAUGCAACGCUUUUUUCCAAUUCAGGCCACUUGUAUCAUCUUAUGCAUUGGAAAAGAAAUUAUCAAUAAAAGACGAAGAUACGCUCAUAAUUUUAUCUUCCGCUCAAGGUUAUUUGGGCAAGGUCGCAUCUAAACUAUGGAAGAAACUCCCCUCUGAUAAAAAGGUCAUAUUUACAAAAUUAUUUGAACAAGCCAAAGAAUAUGUUACAACGACUUAUCCAGAUUAUAGAUACAGACCUAAUAGACCAAAAUCCAUUUUUAAGGCGGAUCCUCAAAAGAAAAAACUCAAAAAGGUCAGAUCCGCACGCGGUAAUGCUAAUAAAAAUAGAAACAUUGUAGAAGUUGAAAAUAAUACCAAUCCUCCCACUUCAAUUGAUAAUCUUGAUCUGCAAAUGAACGUAGAUUUAUCAACUUUUCAACCAUCCAUCUUUUCUUUACAAGAUGAUGUUAGUGAUUAUAUUCCUCAAGUAAUCCAAUAUCAAUAUGAUUGGGAUUCUGUUUCUUCACCUCCACUUGCUUACCCCACUCCAAGCCUUUCGCCAGCUUCAACUGUAGUUAAUGAUUCGGACAUAAUUAAUGAUCCAGAAGGUUUUCCCUUUGCGGUAGCAAAUAACAUUUCUUAUAUCAAUAAUACUCUAUAUCCUGUAUCUGACGAUUUGAUAUUCCCUAUGAAUAAUUUGAGUUUCGAUAGUUUUAACUAA